AUGACAAAGGGCUAUGACAGCCUGCGUCUGAUCAAUCUGCUCUUCAAGUUUGGCCACUUGGCAGAAAUCCGGACUCUGCUCCGUGAAGGUCUCACAAAGAUCCGUUUGGAGAAUUGGCUUCUUGUUAUUCAGCAGCUACUUGCCCGCAUUGACACAGCCCAUGAAGCUGUGGCCGGUCUAAUCGUCGACCUUUUGGUUGCAGUUGGCCAACGGCACCCUCAAGCUCUAGUCUGCCCUUUGGUUUUAGCUUUUAAGUCAGGUGGCUCUGAUCGCAGGCGCUAUAAUGCUAACCGGAUUCUCUAUUCUAUGGAGGAACAUAGCCCCCGAUUGACGUCUGAAGCUUUUCUGGUAAAUAGAUUACAUAUAAUAAGUAAAAUUAUAUUAUUACUUAUUCAUACUUUAUUUUAUUAUUUAACCUCUCCCUCUAUCUACGUUACACUAGAGCCGGAAGCUGGCAUAUUUGGCUGCUCCUUAUCUUUGUUUCGAAUAUAA